ACCUACUACUUGGCCUGACCCGCUUUCGCUGUUCAUCAUGUUUUAGCUUGCUUUCCCACGCCCCAGAUGGAGAUGAGACGGAGAUGGAGAAUGGGCGUUUCCGAGGAUUUUUUUGGUCGAUUCUUCGAUUCCAACUGCGGUCCGUGUUGUGUUGAAGGGCAUCGCCUGUUUUUGCUUUCUGACCUGGAAAGGCUUUGGUUUUGGGAAAUUAAUCCCUUCUUUUGUUCCGCCAUUUAAGGCUUUUGUAAUAGUUUGGAGCAUCUGAAGCGUAUCUGAGCCAUUCUAUUUCAAAAUAUAUUACCAUGGCAGGUCACAGGAAGCUUGACUGUUGAACGGUUGUGAAAUUUUCUUCGCUUCUGGGUUCUGUUUGUGCAAUAUAUUACCUUGAGUUAAAUGCAGGCUUCGGAAAAGAGAAUUCAGUCUCCGCAUGUUUUGAGCUUUGACAGAAGCCGGGACAAUGAAGGGAAGACAAUAGUUAAGGCUUAUCUUGGCUUUUUAAAGCAUUUUUGGUCACGGGCAGUAUUUUCGUCGGAUCAAUCUUCGCCAGUUUUGGUAUUCCUAAAAAGUAGAGAUGGAAGCUGUAUCCAAUUCGCACGAAUGUGCCGAUAGAAAUGCUCGGGAACCGCGCAAGAAAUUUGGUCACAAUUCAAAAAUGUUGACAAAUCCAGAUAAUCCAUUGGAAGGGUCGAUCCUCAUUAGUACCGGAGUAUUUUCUGAAAGUUUUUCUAUUCGUGAAUAUGUGGGUAAAGUCAGGAAUAUGAAUAUCAGGAAAUCAUGGCCUUUCUCGGAGAGUCUGCUUGAUGAUUGCUUGAGAGAAGGUCGAAACCAGGUGCUUCCGCCUCUCGAAAGACCGAUUUACAGAUGGUGGGGAUCUCAACAUUGCGUAUCGAUUCAGCGCCAUGGAGCUCAGCCGGGAGAUAAUAGCGAGGGGAUUAUUGUAUCCGAAGUGGAUACGGCCAUUUCCAAGGAUCUAGAAGAACAAAUUAGAAAACUUAGCACAGUCAAAAUUUCUGGACCGGAAGACAAUACUGCCAACAGAGAAGAUGGUAUGAAGAGAAAAGAAAGUAAAUACGAAAGGCGGUAUAACUAUGGCCACCGCCAUCGUUCUUCAGCAGCCACUUCAACUCCAAAAUUUACUUCGCAGUCAGAUGGAGAGAAAAAGCUGACACGGGUACAGGAAAAGGGAAAGGCUGAAAGUGAUAGUAAUGUAGAUGCUGCUACAAGAAAGCAAAACCAGAACGGAAAACCGGAUAAAUCUCCGGCGACCGAAAGGCAGGUAAUCAAUUUUACGUUUGGUUCUACCAAGGGGGAAUCGAAGUCUGUCACGGAUGCAGGUUUAGGAGAUGAAAUAGAAAGGCCGAAGAAGGCUAGAAAAAUGGCGCGAGAUCAGUUACCAGCGGGGUCAAAUUUAACGCAGACUGAGAAAAACAAAAUUGAUCAUCUGAAUCUUGAGGAAACUAAAUCAGAGUCGGUAAACGUUUUUGACAUUAGCAAUAAUGAUGUUUCGGGACUUAAAGUUUGCCCGGUCUGCAAAACAUUUACCUCUACCACUGUAACUGCCGUGAAUGCUCACAUGGAUGAUUGCCUUGCACAAGCAUCUAACGCACAGAAAAAGCAUGGUAAACUUCAAAGACAGAAAUCAAGGGCACAAAAGAAGCGGUCAAUAGUUGAUAUUUGUGCGGCUGCUCUACCAGUUAAUAUUCCUGCUGAUUCAUCAGAAAACUUGGCGAUGGACACAUCGGCGGAUUCGGAUUCAACCAAAGCUAAUUUAAAGCUAAAGAAAACCAUGGUGCUGAUGGACACAGCAGUAGGAAGCGCAACAACUAUCAGUUGCAAACGAAAGAGGUCAAUUGGUGCGCAUUCGCAGGAAAUAGGGAAAGCUGGAAGAAGAAAAGCUGAAACUGUAGAAACGAAAAGAAAACGGCAACGGCUUCGCAUAAUAUCCAGUCUUACCAAGGGAGUUAAGGCUCUCAAAAAGCCAUCUGCAGCUGUUCGUUCCAAGAAAGCUGACCAUGGUUUACAACAACAUACAAAGCCCUCAAGCGUAACAGAAGAGGCCAGAGAUUCAAAUGCAGAGGAACAACCAAGCACGGAAGAAAAAUCAGUGAAAAAACACCUAGCAAAAAAGCAGCAACAGUCCGGUAUUCUUAUGGACCAUGCUCACGCAACAAGUGUGUUGUCUAAAAAGGAUAAAGGCAAGGAGGGCGGAGUUUUUAAAAAUAAUGCACUAGUAGAAGAAAAUAGAUUGCUUCCUGGAGAAGAGAACAGGGGACAGUCCCUCUCAAACCUGACAAUGGCAAAUGCUUCUAGUGAUGUUUCCCGCUCAUAUGAGAUGAAAGACACUGCAACUCCACAGAAUCAAUCAUCACAGUCUGACUAUGACAAGUCUGAUAUGUUGGGAGACACUGAAGGCAGACAUCAGAAGGCAUACAGCAUUGAUGGUUCCAGAUUGCAGUUAGAAGAAACAUCCAAACCACAGGAUCCAAAUCUGCUAAGAGUUUCCGACAAGAACUCUGUAUACAAAGAUAUUAGUCCUGGAGAAAAUGGAAGACCAGAACAAUUCAAUGUCACCUGUUCAGAAUCAGAAUUCAACGUCAUGCAAUCCGUCGAGGAGCGGUCUCCAGUACAGCCAGACAUUCCUGACCAGAAUCAAGAACAAGAUAAACCCAGGGAUGAAUUUGUUGUUAUAACAGAAUGCAAUAAUGACCAACAAGGUAAUGCAAAGCAUAAUUUGGGUCUCAUUAGCACUAGUUCUUGGACAGAAGAUAUUGAAUGGGAAAGAGAAAACUCCAAAGUCCAAUAUGACAUGAAAAAUGAAAAACUAAAUUGGGAAACUAGAAGGGAAGCAGAGGAGAAUCACAUAAGAAAUGCUAGACUUAAUCUGAACAAGAAGGUGUGCUUUCUUCCCAGAGACUCUAAAGGACGUUUUCUCAGUUCUCACGGUUCAAAUGGAGGGAAAGCAGGUGAUAACAAUUCUCCUCCGCACAAAAGAAAACAAAGCCAGAAAUCUACAAAAUCCCUCAAGAAUUUUCCCAAAACUUAUUCUAUGGAGAAGGAAAUUAACCAUGGAAAAGCACAUCUAUCAGAAAAUGCAAAUGGGCAUGGAAAAUUUAACAUUCAAGGAAACUACUCUGGUUAUAGUUACAGAGGCUUUCCCCUGGAUUCACAAGGGGAGCUUCUCAGGUACAUUCCAAAUACCAUACCAGGAUUCAAUCAACUAAACAAGAUUGCGAAUUACUCUGCUGGUAACGAGCCUUUAACCUCAGAAGGUAACAAGGCACUUCAGGAAUUCAGUUUUGUAGAAAGUAUGAAAACAUUUCCUGAUAUUACACCAAUCAAUCAGCCUCUUCAAAGAAAUAGUUUAAGCUGCUUGCCCCAGCAUAACUAUUCCAUUCAGUAUCAACAGCCUGCCUGUCGACAAGAUUACUCUGUAUCUAAAACUAACCAGUCAAAUCCUGGUGAGAGAGGCUCACAGUAUUGUUCUCUACUUGAUCAAAUUCAAAGGGAUGGAAGUUCAAAUGGUAGAAGUUCUGGUUCAUCAAUUGGUACACAAGAUGCAAUGUCAUUGUUGUCUAUGCAAGCCGCUAUUCAGUUUGGAUACAAUGAAGAGCAGAAAGAAAAACGUUCCGCGUUGCAGAAAAGUUGUCCUGGAGUAGAUAUCUCAAGAAGGAAACAACCUACUCCCCAACCAGUCAUGAGAUUAAUGGGACAAAGUUUUACUAUUGGGAGAGAAAAUGAGACUGCAAACGUUCUAAAUGAUCCUCAGCAAUGCAAUAGCAAACACUCUAGAAGCAUACCAGGAGCCAUUGUGCGUGUCACAUCUCCUUCGCAGUUGGUGACACAUUACAAUCACCACUGCACAACAUGCGGUAAAGAUCAAUUUUAUUUACAAAAGCCCAUAGGUAAUGCAAUGUGCCAACAUUGUAGAGGAAAAGCAAAUAUGUCAAAAAGCCUUCCAUAUAACUUGAAGGAAACACAAAGACAGGAGAUGAGGAGUAGUGAUAGUAUCUCAAUCCACAAAGUUGGGACAUCGAAUCACAGUGCUCCUAAUCUGAUAGAAAAGAGGCUUCCCACAGAUUAUUUGUUUCAUGGAGAGCCUUUAAGAGACCGAAGUUAUUCUAGUCAACCAUGGAUAUCCAGCUCACCAGCUUCUGCUCCAAUUGCUAAUAUGUUCAUUUCUCCCGUCGGCUAUUUGUGCAACAACACAUGCUUGAAUGAGGGACAAAAAAUGGCAUAUAAAGGUUCUCAUGUCAGUAAUCACGGGUACCCCCUACAGCAACAAACUUACAGCCAACUCUUGAGCUCAUGUUUAGGGCAGCAGACAUUCCAAAAGCAGCAGCAGAAUGAUUGGAAGCACACCGGUAAUACAUAUUCCCAUCCAAUCCAUUCAGACGCUAUCCAAUCAUUGCCUUGUACUUUUAACAGCCUGGGGUCCUUGUCUGGCACUCUACAGGCCGUUCCAUGUGUCCCUGCUCACUCAACUUCUUUCCCAACUGGAACACAAACUCCCUGCCAAGCGCCCUCUUCCUCUACAUCUAUUGCGGAUUCUCCCAGCUUGAUGUUGCAAGGGAAUGGCAUCUCAUCCUCAAUAAAUUUAGCUGAACAAGAAAAGCUGCUACAGAAAUUGCCCAAUAAUAUGGCCAGAAAUAGGUGCGAGGCUUGCUGCGAGAAAGGGGGAUUAAUUGAAAGCAUCAAUGUUGACAGAAAGUAUGGAAAUAUUAUAAGGGCAAGAGAGGGUGUUCAACAAACAGAAGGAUUACAUGGGAAAUUGACUUCCGAAAAGCAUGAAGUGUGUGAAACCAGACCAAUGCAAAAAUGUGAUUCAUUCUCAAUAAUGAAGGACCUCUUCAAAGGCAAGAAAGUAAUUCAUCAUCAAAUUGGUUCUUCCAGUGGAGCUGCUAAGCAUAUCAAGAGCAGAGAAAUGCCAGAAAAUAAUAUGUUGGAAGUCACUCAUGGUCAAAUAUCCAAAAUAAAUGACCCUUGGGUUGAAUUUGCAAUGGAUAGAAGAAACCCUUGCGACAAGAAGGCGGAGAAUGAACCCAUUUUGAAUGCUCGUCCUCACACGGAACUCCCUAAAAAAUGCCCGCAGGGUGAAAAUGGAUUAUUCUCAAGACCUAAUAAUAACUUUUUGGGAAUGGGGAUGAGAACAUCAGCAAAUGGUUUGCAUUGUUCUAAUGCAGGAUCCCCGCUCGAACUGGCAGAACCAAUUAAAUUAAGUGGAGGUGCAAAGCACAUAUUAAAACCCUCAUCACAAAAUGGGAAUGGACAACAAUCCCGGCCUAUACAUUACACUCAACCAUUUGGUGAAACAAAUGCAGCGGUUAGAGACAGAAAUUUGGAAGGUACAACUGCAUACAAAUAAAGUGUAACAGAGCUUACCUCGGGAUUCAAAACUUAUGAGGUGGACCAACACUAGCAACACUUUCUCGAGGAAGCUAUAAUAUAUUGCAAAGGGACUAUCAGCUCAUUAACCACAGUUGAUAGGCUGGAGCCUUUUGAAGAGAUGGAAGGCUACAUUCAGAGGCAGGGGAUGGGAUAUAGUAAUAUACUUUAUCAUCUUACUACUGUCUUUUGAAUUUUCUUGCAGGGAUGCUUAUUAACAUUUCCAGGGACGAAAGGCUAGUGGUUUGAUGAUACGAAGACGAAUAUACUUUCAGUAGUGUAAAUAUGAGCUCCUGUGAAUUCACACCACUCUAACGUGCAUGACCUACUUCCAAUUUAGUUAGCUGUUCACUUGAAUUUACCAUGAUAAUAUGCAAUACCGAAUUUAGAAAUUUGUAUUAUUAUCUAUCAGACUGCUGAAAUGGAUUGAACCCAGUCAAUUAUAUCCAUUUUGGUCAUCUUUGCAUUGCAGGAAAUAAAGUUUUAAAUCUUAUGUAUAUUUAGAUGA